AUUUCUUGAUGCUCAAAUAGAGAAUUUCGAAAACAAUGUUGACUUGACGGCUGUAUUUUUCUGUCCAUCCGGACAUUUACAUUUUGGUGCCGCCCCAAAAUAUUCCAAGGAGUUGUGACUGCUCUGUGUAUCAAGACACUUUUCGUCUGCCAUGAUGGGCCCCCCUAUACAUUGUAUCAGUUAUAAGCCGUAAGGUAUAAUUAGCCACGUAGAGGUUAUGUAAAUGCAAAGGUUUCCAAGUCGGCUAUAUUUUUUAGUUUUAUAAAGUCAUUUGAAAUGGCAACAAGAUGGAGCAGCGAAUAUAUCGUGGCAGAACAUCGGGAUCUGCAGGCAAAUGCUAUGGCAGUGGACUACACAGGAAAUUAUGUCCUCUUGGCUGGCCGCAGAUACCUUGCAAUCAAAAAUUUAAAUGAACAAUCAGAUCGCCUUCACAAAGUGCCACGACAGAGCAAGUAUGAAGUUGGGGCAGCGGAGUGGAAUCCAAAUCCUUCACACAAAGAGCUUUGCGCUCUCUCUAGCAACCAGCGUGUUGAGGUUUUAUCUUGGGCCAAUGGGGACUUGGAACAGCGGCAUUCUUUAAAGUCUCAUACUCGUGUUGUAAGUGACGUAAACUGGCAUAGAUUUGAUCCCAACUUGUUGGCAUCAUGUUCCAUAGACACUUUCAUUCAUGUUUGGGACAUGAGAGACACUAGGCGUCCAUCACAAUCACUUAGUGCUGUCGCUGGAUCCACACAAGUUCGCUGGAAUCGUCUUUCAAGUUUCCUGUUAGCCACUGCACAUGAUGGAGACAUUAAGCUAUGGGACCAACGGAAAGGGACUGCGCCAGUUGUGUAUAUUUCAGCCCACCUCGCCAAAAUUCAUGGAUUAGAUUGGAGUCCACUUCAUGAAGACCAAUUGGCAACAUCUAGUCAAGAUGGAACUGUAAAGCUAUUUGACAUCACUAACCCUCGCAAAGCUGAAGGAGUUCUGACAACCAGUAUGCCUGUAUGGCGUGCAAGAUACACUCCAUUUGGUGAAGGCCUUGUUACAGUUGUAGUUCCUCAAUUGCGGAGGGGAGAAAAUAGCUUAUUGCUGUGGAAUAUCAACAAUCAAGCGGCACCUGUCCACACUUUUGUAGGUCAUACUGAUGUUGUUCUUGAAUUUGAAUGGCGCCGUGUGAAUCAAGACUCUUCUGAUUUUGAACUAAUCACUUGGUCUCGAGAUCAAAGUUUAAGAAUAUGGAGAAUAGAACCAUUUCUUCAAAAGCUGUGUGGUCAUGAACCAGACAUAGAUCAUGUGUUGGAUCCUCAAGAUCUCAUCGAUGACCUUCCUCAGAAUGCUCAUGAGUCCUCUCUCAGUGACUACCAGCGGCAUCGAUAUAAUGACCACUCCAUGCCCCAGAACCUCCAGCAACUCACUCUGGACAAUGCCUCAGUGCUCUCCGAGAUGCUGUCCGCCAGUGGGCGAAACUCGUUGUCUCUGUCGCUGGACGGCACGUCGGAGACCACGGACGACAGCCAAGGUGGCAGCAUCCUUGGCGGUGUGGGCGGUGGCGGUGGCGGCGGCGGCAGGGGAGGCAGCAGCAGCCUCAGCAACGGCAGCGUGACCCGAGGCGGCAGCGUGGGGGACAGUGGCGGGGAAGAGAGAAUCUCAUCGGUGCGGUCUCCAACACAGCCCAAGUCGUUGCAGCAGGAGUUUUCCCACAUAAACUUGAACAUUACUAAUGUUGAUGUCGACAUGAUGGACCCGGUCAAACGAGUGUGCACAGUCACUGUGUCUGCAAAUGGACAUGUUGCUGUUCUUCAGAUUUCUUUCCCUCCAACUUAUCCCUACACGACUCCUCCAACUUUCCAAUUCUUGCAAGGAACUUCGUUGAAUCCUGCAAGCAAGUCCAAAUUACAGAAGGUUUUAAAACACACUGCCCAACAACGGGUACGUAAGAAUCGUACAUGCCUUGAUCCUUGCUUGCGGCAGCUUGUAUCCUCUCUUCAACAACUAUCUUUGUCAGAAGAUAAUGAGAGCAAGACAGCCACCUUUCCUCGACUGCAAUCCCAACCAUCGCCAUACUUGGAUGCCAAUAACAUGUACCGUAGCUUUCAGGAUGCCAACAUUCCGUUCCCCCGCACCUCAGGGGCCAAGUUCUGUGGUGCUGGUGUCUUAGUGUGCUUUGGAAGAGGUCCAACAACAAAAAGAUUGCCCCUCCAUUCAGAAAUGUGGACUCCCAGAUCACUCUCUGCCUUGGGCGGCGCGUGGACACCCGGAACUCCGACUCAUAACUAUACCUCUGUGUCUUCAUAUUAUUAUCAAGAAAGAGGUCAAGUUUCUCGAGUAAGGCCGCGGGGCCUUCACACCAAUUCCAGGGGACUUGUAGGUCGCUUGACUCCAACACGCAUAACAAGAGCAGCGGUGUUAAUUUAUGAUGCUUCUCCACUUUUCCUUCUUCAUCGUGAACUAGGAGAAAAAUAUGUUAUAAACAGUCAUGACAUCGUAAAUAGUUGUCAACGUAAUGCUGCAGUUGCUGCUAGUGUGAACCGUCGUGACUUAGUUCAAGCAUGGACAACAGCUUCACUCGUUGCAUCUAAUCCAGAGGCUGAUCCUGAUGAUGGGGUUCCCUGGACAAAUCAUCCAUUUGGACGCAGCCUCAUUGAAUCUAUGAUUGCCCAUUUUGCACAUCAAUCAGAUAUACAAAUGGCUGCCAUGCUCUGUUGUAUAUUUAGUCCACGCCCAGAUCAUCAGGACAUGAAUCGCUUUAAGUCCACCCUAUGCAAGGCUGUCAACGUCAGUCGUCUUCCUUCAGGAAAGUGGUGGAGCAAGCCUGGCGGUUCACCUUAUCACACAAUUCAUCCCCUGGAUACCAGCCUUGAGGGAUGGAAUUACCCAUUGUUGAAACAAAACCGAUCCAAUUCCUGGUCAGAUUCACUUGAAGGUUUGAAAGUGAAUGAAGUGCGAGAAGUUGGCUAUGGUGGAUCUUCGUUGAACCUGUUCACAAAUUCAAAUGAGAAGGGAAUGUUGGAUGAGAAGAAAACAUGGUUGUAUGAUGAAUACAAGAGAAUAUAUGCUGAUGUAUUGCAUAGGUGGGGUCUCUUGGGUGCACGAGCAAAGGUAAUGAAAUACAUGUCUGCUACUCCUGAGGUCCAUCGAGGAGUUGAGUUUGUUACAGUAUGUUGCUCUGGCCAAAACAACUCAGCCACUUGUGGUGAAUGCAAGCGUUUAAGUCUACAAUGUGUAAUUUGCCACAUAUCAGUUAGGGGACCCUCUAAUGUGUGUCUCUUUUGUGGUCAUGGGGGCCACACAUUGCACAUGCAAGCAUGGUUCAGAAAGGAGACUCGAUGUCCCACUGGUUGUGGCUGCAACUGUCUUGCCGAGAGUUCUUCUAUCAUUGAACCAUAAUGACUCUCUAGCUGUGAUUAGCUGUGAUAAAAUGGAAUGUUUCUUCUACUAUGUAUACUGGCUGAAAGUUCACUUUUGUGCUGGUUGCCCCAGCAGUAAUUUCUUUGUUCUCUAACAUUAUAAAGAACUGUGUCUUGAUGACUUAUGAAACUAGGACAGUACUGCCUGAAAUUGUAAACUUGCAACUUAAUUUUUCCUCUCAAGGGUCUCUUUGAAAUGAAGCACAGUGUAUCUCAUUCUUAAUAAGGCUUUAUUAUUUGAAUCUGACUGAUUUCGGCUAUUAAGAUCAUGCAUUAGUGUCUUUGUUUUUGAAGCCACGUUGUUUUUGUAGUCUUAUUUAUUAUUUCAGCUGCACAUAAAAUGACAGUACUGUUGUAUCUUUAAUUUUUGAUAGGGUAUAACAGGGCUGGACAGAAUCACAAUAUAUUCAGGAUAUAUUAUAUAUUUUUACAGGUGAUAGUGUUCUUAAGGUACAUCUUUUUUUUUUUUUAGUGGAACACAUGUCAUGCAAUGUGUUCGCUGAAGCUGUAUACAAUCAGGAUAUUUUAAUUUUAUCAUUUUAGUAGAUAAAACAGGGUAUAUUGAUUAUUGAGUCAAGAGUAUUGAUCAAAGUUUCGAUUUGUUUCAAGGAAACAAAUUUUUGGAUGGCUUUUUUUUUUGUUUUGAAGUAAGCUUAGUGAUAUUUUUCUCUUCACUUUUUUUUGAGUCUUAAGAGUCAAAUAUAAUACCGGCGCUUGAAUAGCAAUAUCUUUUACAUCAUCAUUUGGGAGCAUUGGUGAUGUGGUAUUUUGUGUUCCUAUUUAUUAUUAAUUAAUUAGUGAGACAGCAAAGUUUGCUGACUAGUGCCAUUCUGCAGGAAUCUUGUGUGUUUGUGUUGUGGAGGGAAGGGACUGUCUUAAAUGUGUGUGUCCCCUGUGAGCUGUAAGGCACUGUAAGGCAUCGAGGUACUCGUCCGUUGCGUAUGAUUAAAGCGGCCUGGCACCGCGGACGCGUCUAUCGGGUGCAUUCUCGUUCAGUGUCCAGGACUCCGGUAGCAAGUAUCAAUGUUCAGAAUGAUUUGUGUUAGAUAGUAGCAAUGACGCUGUUUGUAACCGUUCUACUUAAAACCACUCUCUAUCUCCCUCCGACGCUGCGAGUAGUGCUCUAUCUGUUCGUGGUAAUAAAUGUCAACAUCCAAACAUA